CCAGCAUUUCAUCAAUCAUGCUUUGUAAGGCUGCAACGUUCCAGCAAACGUCAGCCUGACGUGUUUGAUGUCUCGGGAAACUUUUGGAUCUCUGCCUGAAUUUAAAGAAUAAAUAAAAAAGGUUCUGUGAGUUUGAGCAAAGUUUGGCAGCACAUAAUGAGUUAACGAACACCCCACCAGCAGCAGCUGCUUGUUAAGACUUAACUAUGAGCCCAGAUAUGUCAUCCUGUCCACAUCGGCUCAAUGCAUGCCAAUGUAGCUUCUGCAGUGUAGGCCUGAGGAUUUGUAACUUCUAAUUAAAAGCACCCAAAUGUAAAUUGCCUAAAUGUUCUUUAUAAGCAAAUAAAAAAAACAAACAUUUGAACUGAUACUGAACUCAGAUGGGGGCGAGAUGAGCGGAUACUGAGAGUGAAGGACAGAACAUUGAGUCAAAAAAGAGAGGGACGGAGUAGGUUACAAAGAAAAUAAAGUCCAUGCAGCCAGAGAGAGAGAGAGAGAGACAGCAGGGGUGACACACAGAGAGGGGAAGAAAGAGUAAAAGAGAGGUGACUCGAGUCUGUUAGCAGAGCGCGAGAGGAGACGACAGAGAGAGAGAGAGAGAGAGAGACCGACCAUUGGUGCCGCAGCGGGACCGACUGUCACACGGACUGCCAGCGGGGUCGUUACCGGAGAGAGCAGCCGCUGCUCGCCGUUUCCCUAAAGACACAGCGGGGGACGAACACAGGAGGGAGAAAAGAAGGAGAAGAAGAAGAAGAAACAGGGGGGGUCGUUACAUUGGCCGUGGCUGCUGUCGCCUGCGUGUCACCACCUCCACCGGACAGGAUCUACUCUGCUCAUCAUCAUUACUCCUCUUCAUCAUCCCUCAUCACCAUCACCCCCAUCCUCCUCUUCAUCUAGACCUCUCGUCCACUUCCUCCUGUCCUUCAUCACCAUGCCGGGCUGGCGGAGGAACCUCACUUUCUGUCUGCAGCGGAUGCACGAGGAAGAUGAUGGGCCAUAUGGAAAAACAAAGGACAUCUCCGGACCAGAACAGACCAUGGCCUCGAGAAGACACAGUAUACCAGAAGCUCUGCGGGGGGUGACCAUGGUGGAGCUGGUGAAGAAAGAAGGCAGCACACUGGGCCUCACCAUCUCAGGAGGGACCGACAAGGAUGGGAAGCCGCGGGUAUCGAACCUCCGGCCUGGAGGACUGGCGGCCAGGAGCGAUCAGCUAAAUGUCGGUGACUACAUCAAGUCAGUAAACGGCAUCAAUCUGACCAAACUGCGGCACGAAGAGAUAAUCAGCUUACUGAAGAACGUCGGAGAGAGGGUUCUGCUGGAGGUGGAGUAUGAACUGCCGCCCACAGCGCCAGACAGCACCUCAGGGGUUAUAUCAAAGACAAUCGACAUCUGCUUGCACAAAGAGGGGAGCAGCUUUGGUUUCGUCAUGAGAGGUGGAACCCAUGAGGACUGGCACAAGUCACGCCCCCUAGUGGUCACCUAUGUCAGACCAGGAGGUCCUGCAGACAGAGAGGGCACACUGCGUCCUGGUGAUCGUCUCCUCAGCGUGGAUGGCGUACCGCUGCACAACACCAACCAUGGCGACGCCCUCAACGUGCUGGCCCAGUGCGGCCAGGAAGCCCUGUUCCAGAUAGAGUAUGAUGUCACCAUCAUGGACACGGUAACGAACGCCUCUGGACCGCUAUUAGUAGAAAUUGCCAAGUCUCCAGGAGCAAUGCUGGGCAUCACACUGACGUCAGCCAAUCAUCGAAACAAACAAGUCAUCGUCAUCGACCGAGUUAAACCUGGCAGUGUGGUGGACAGGUGCGGUGCAUUGCACGCAGGAGACCACCUGUUGUCCAUAGACGGGACAUCGACAGAACAUUGUACAGUCCUGGAGGCAACACAGCUCUUGGCGAGCACAACAGAGCUGGUGAAAUUAGAAAUGCUCCCAUCCCAUCAAACAAGGCUAACUGGGAAGCAGCACGACACAGUGAAGGUUCAGAAGUCAGACCACCCUCACUCCUGGGAUCCCUGUGUAAACUACUGUCACCCUCCAAACUCCACCCUCUGCAACACAAGCUCCACCCUCAACAAGUCGUGGACCGCCUCGAACAACAACACCAUCAACAGCCUUGACUACUGCAAGUCUCUGGUUUCUGCCAGUUUCUCUCCCGGCUCUACGACGACAUCAGGCCCCAGUAGCCAGAGCUCCAGCACCCUGCCCAGGCCCACAGUUCCCAUGAGUCCACGUAACUCGCUGCUCAAAAGACGGCAGAGGAAGAAAGAGCACAAAAGCUCCUUGUCCCUGGCGUCCAGUUCGGUGGGUCCAGGUGGUCAGGUAGUUCAUGUUGAGACCAGUGAGAUUGUGCUAACAGGAGACCCGCUCAACGGCUUCGGUGUCCAGCUGCAGGGUGGAAUAUUCGCCACAGAAACACUGUCUGCACCGCCGCUUAUCCGUUUCAUAGAGCCCGACAGCUCCGCAGAGAGGUGUGGCCUGCUGCAGGUUGGAGACCGCCUGCUGUCAAUCAAUGGAAUCCCCACAGAGGACGGAACACUGGAGGAGGCCAAUCAGCUGCUCCGAGACGCAGCGCUGACCAAUAAGGUCACUCUGGAGAUAGAAUUCGAUGUAGCAGAGUCAGUGGUGCCUAGCAGUGGGACUUUCCACGUCAAGCUGCCCAAGAAAAGAGGAGUGGAGCUGGGGCUCACCAUCAGCGCCAGUAAGAAGCCAGGAGAGCCCCUCAUCAUUUCUGACAUCAAGAAGGGCAGCAUGGCCCACAGAACAGGAACAUUAGAGCCUGGUGAUAAGCUGCUGGCCAUCGACAACAUCCGGCUGGAGAACUGCUCCAGGGACGACGCAGAGCAGAUCCUGCAGCAGUGUGAAGAGCUGGUCAAACUGAAGAUACGCAAAGAUGAAGACAACUCAGAUGAGCAGGAGACGUCGGGCAGCAUCAUCUACACUGUGGAGCUGAAGCGGUAUGGAGGCCCUCUGGGUAUCACCAUCUCAGGCACCGAGGAGCCUUUUGACCCCAUCACCAUAUCCGGCCUAACCAAGAGAGGCCUGGCUGAGAGGACAGGGGCUAUUCAUGUAGGUGAUCGCAUCUUGGCUAUCAACAGCGUCAGUCUGAAAGGCAAGCCUCUGAGUGAAGCCAUCCACCUGCUGCAGAUGGCUGGAGAGACGGUCACCCUCAAGAUUAAAAAACAGCUCGACCCUUUUUCUCUUCAAGAUUUAGAGGAGAGGAAGGCAGCAGAGGUGGAGGACACCACGGAGAACGAGCUCAGUGACCCUGAGGAGGAUGAUUUGACGGACAGCCAACAGACGAACAAGCUGUCAGAGCUUUACUCCACGACCAUACCCAGCGUCGACUCUGCCAUGGAGUCAUGGGACGGCUCAGGGAUGGACGCCGGCUAUGGCAGUCAGGGUACAUACAGCCACCAGGCAGCUGGUAUCGCCCUCCACCCCCAUGAAUGGCGUAGUGCCAAGCAGCAGCGCAGCACCACACCUCCACCUGGACGCCGGAAGAACUACCCCUUCAGCGAUGGAGGCUUCAGUGAGGAUGACUGGGACAAACCACCUGGAUUUAUUGGCCAGCAACCAGACGGUAUUCUGUUGGAUCCAGACGACAGUUUCUGGUGUCAGGCACUUGAAGAUCUGGAGACCUGCGGCCAAUCAGAACUGCUCAGAGAGAUAGAGGCAUCCAUCAUGACAGGAACAGCAAUCAGUCUGGGUGUAGAUGGUGUCAACAAGCCUCCAGCUGAGCCCAUUCUGAGUCACAGCAGAAUGAGCCCGUUGCGGAGAAAUUCUCUCCUGCACCAGGGAAACCUGCUCCACCAGGCGACACACCUCCACCAGGGCGCCCAUCUGCACGAGGAGGCCCACCUGCAUGAGGAGGCCCAACUCCACCAAGAUGCCCACCUGCACCAGGAGGCCCAUUUCAACCAUGAGGCCCACCUGCACCAAGGGGCCCACAUCCACCAAGAUAACCAAUCCCCUCUCCUACACCAUGAGCCCAAACCCAAAGCCUCACUGAGAGUGUCUGAGAGGACAUGGGAGUCUCGUCGGAUCAAAGAGGAGAUGCAGGGGAUUCUGUCCCCAACGCCUUUGGAGCUGCACAAAGUAACAGUGAUAAAGGACCCAGAGAUCGAUGACUUUGGCUUCAGUGUGUCAGAUGGCUUCUUGGAGAAAGGCGUUUACGUCAACAUGAUCAGACCUGAUGGGCCAGCCGACCGAGCAGGGCUCAAACCCUACGACAGGAUCCUGCAGGUGAACCACGUGAGGACAAGGGACUUUGACUGCUGCUUGGCGGUGCCUCUGAUCACAGAGGCCGGGGACAGACUCGAGCUGGUCAUCAGCCGCAACCCACUAGCCAACAAUGACAUGGAGGACAAUAACAACACUUUGGACCAUCCGCUAGACCUGUAACAGGUCUACAAAAAGACGGACCCAUGAAUCUCUAGACAUACACACUCAUGCAUUCACUCUGUCACACUCAGGCAGGAGAUAUACGCUAACUGGUGACGUGAAGCGCAAAGUUAUAUCCACUGGAUCUGGCCCCAAUACACACAUGCACACACACAUACACACACUCUCCACUGGCUUGCAAUAAUUCUAGCUAAACACAGAGAACCCCUUCCACUCACACUGGGUUUAACUGCUAACAUUUAGUACAUUUCUCCAUGGAAGCACAGCCACAGUGAAGAAAAACCACCAGAGACAGACACUCUCCUGAAGGCAGGCCUGGAGUCCUCAGUGUACUUCCAACAUAAACAACCACUUACUUGGCAAUUUAACCUGCCAUUUUAACCAAUUCUUAGUCUUUUAAUAUUGCUUUCACUUAAAACAAAUGAAUAAAAAACAGAAAUCUGGAUGAGGUGACUUCAGCUAUUUCCAAUGGCAGACCACAGGUUUACAGAAACUUCUCAUGCCAGUGGUACAUGAGGGAUCUGCCUUAUUACACAAUAAUGUAAUUUUAAGAAAUUUCAAUUCAAAGCAUGUUGAUAGAUGAGGCUGAUGGGACUCAAUAGAAGAUUGAACCAACACUUUGAGGAAUAGUGUCUGCCUGUGGUCUGUAUAAAUGCAGCCAUUGUAGAGGUCCAUGUUGCUGCUAAGAGUCUGCUCAAACACUGUUUUUGUUCAAUCCAGUCAUCAAAAGGGAUGGGAAAGAAAUGCAGCAUCUUAUAUGAAAUUCAUUAGUGCAGGUAACUUUUGCCGCAGCACGACUGGGAAGCUGUGCUAAUGGAGAUGCCCGGAGGAACCUGUCUUGCCAACAGAAGAACAUCGUCCUACAACAUUCUGAGUUAUUUUUGACCCUUUUCUGUUUGAUUUGCUUUUUGCCAAGUGCUGGGAGGGUUGCCUGUCUACACUGACCAAUCUGUCACUACAGUUGUCUGACAGCACUGAAUUCAUUUCACCCCUUGCGUACAAGGUCCAACAGCAGUAGCUACUAUGUAUGCAUUUUAAAUAGCAAAGCUCAUGUUUUGGGUUGAGGUUCACCAUAAUAAGUAUAAAUAAAUAAGACUUAUUUAUAACAUUAAAGCUACUAAGUGCA